GAAUGGAACGUUUUCCCCGCUCUAUGCCAUAGACUGCGCCGGCUGUCUUGUCUUGGAUACCAAACAUAACUGUAUUACGUGUGUUAAAUAAAAAGCUAAUUAAUUAAUGUAGGCUCUUUAUUUCAAUAUAUAAUAAUUGGCGACGAGAUAUAAGUACCUCGUGUGCACGAUUUGUGUAAUAAAAUUAAAAUCUACAAGUGGUUUCAACUUUAAGUGGUAUAUUUGUAACACUAUAAGUAUGGUAAUGGCUGCCACGCGUACAGGUUAUUUCACUACAAUAAAUUAAUGUCGGACUCAGAAUAUCAAGAUGCAGAUUUGAUGGAAGAGGAAAAUCCAGAAGAAAGGUGGAAUAUUAUACAAGAAGUGAAAAGCGGAAAAAUAAGCUCCAUCUACAAAUGCAAAAAACCAGAACUCAUACAAAUUUUAAAAGACGAGAGUUUAGAACCUAAUGAACCUCAAACCGUGGACCAGUUACGAAAACAAUUAAGUGAUCACUUCAAGAAUAAAAGAAAACUACAACAAAAAGUGCGUACCUCCACAAUGACCGCGCUAGGCGAGUUGAAAUCAUUUGAUGGAGAAAAGUGGGAAGUGUUUGAACAACAGUUUGAAUGUUUUAUCUUAGUUAAUGAUAUAACUGAUGACAAAAAAGUGCCUUUAUUAAUCACUAAAUUAACGGCCAAAGUUUUCGAAACACUGACUUACUUAUGUUCUCCUAAACAACCGAAGAAUUUUACAUAUGAAGAAUUAAUAAAAAAACUACAAGAUAAAUAUGUAAAAACACUAUCAACAACAUUGGAAAGAGCGGAAUUUAGGAAAAGAAACCAGCUACCAAAUGAGAAAAUCCAAGAUUAUGCCCUAGAGUUGAGAAAACUCGCAGGAAAAUGUAAUUUCAAAGACAUUGAUGAUCAAAUUAAAGAAAAAUUCAUGGAAGGUGUGUCAUCUAAAUUGAUCAAGUUCGAGUUGAUGAAGAGUCCCUCUGAAAUAACUUUGGAAAAAUGCAUUGAAUUAGCAAGAACAGUGGAGGCAGCUUUACUUCACACAAAGAACUCCGGAGAAGUCACCGAAAUGUUUUAUAACCGAGGGAAAUCAAAGCCAACUUACAAAACCAAAAAAACGGAUAACAAUAACAAACCGGGAGCACAAUGUUACUGUUGCGGGAAGAACAAUCACAUUAAAGCGGAAUGUACUCUAAAAAAGAAAUUUUGUUCAGAAUGCGGAGUUCAAGGACAUGUAUACAAGAUGUGCCCUAAAAAAACUAGACAAGUUAAUGUGUUAGAAGCAAAUACCUCAGCAGGGAAUGACGACUGUGAGGAUGUAGAAAAUUCAGUGCAAGAUUUGUUUGAAGGAUAUACAACAUAUACUGUUAAUAGUAUGCAGAACAAUUAAUCAGAGACCAGUUUGCAGAAAUAUUCAAGCCGGGAUGGGGGAAUUUCAAAGGUGAAGUGAUCAAUUUAAAAUUGAAGCCUAACGCUCAACCCAGGUGUCUGCCAGUCAGGCGAGUACCCUAUGCACUUCGUGAAAAGGUAAAUAACGAAAUCACUAGAUUAUUAAAAAACGGUAGGAUUACUGCAGUUGAACACAGUGAAUGGGGUACUCCAGUAGUGCCUAUAAUAAAACCGGAUGGUUCAGUCAGGCUAUGUGGCGACUACAAGCUAACAGUAAAUCCUAGUAUGGAAAUUGAUCACUUCCCAUUACCUCAUAUUGAUGAUAUUUUAAAUUCUCUAAAAAAUGGCGAAUAUUACUGUGAGCUGGAUUUAAAAGAGGCAUAUUUGCAGGCCCCACUCAGUGAGGAUAGCAAAGAUUGUACAACUAUUGUUACCGAAUCUGGAACAUACAAAUAUAAUUACUUGCCUUAUGGGGUAAGUUCCGGCCCUGGGGCUUUCCAACGUUUAAUGACUAAAAAAUUAGCCAAUGUUCCCAACACCAUAGUGUUUAUAGAUAAUAUUUACAUAAAGGGGGAUUCAUUACAACAUAUGUUUGAAACAUUGUGUCAAGUCUUAAAAAAGUUGCAGGAAUGUGAAUUCAAAUUAAAACCACAAAAAUGCAAAUUCUUCACUACUAGCCUAGAUGUGUUUGGGUACCGUGUAAACAAAAAUGGUAUCAGUGUGA